GUGCCAACACGAAUUGAAUCGAACAAUCAUGUUCACAGUACAACUUUGUACAGUUUUAAUUGGAAUCCUUAACAUUGCAGAAGCUUUGGAUUAUAAUUUUUUAGUGCCAGAAGAAGGAGCAGUUGCUUGUGAUGGAAGUGAGGAUAAAUUUUUGGAUGCGUUCUUCGAUUUAUCAAACAUUAAUUGGAAAUAUUUUGAUGACGAGACGAUUAUUUUAAAUGGAUAUGUAACUUACUUGAAAGAAAUUGAUGCAAGUUUGCACCUCCAUAUUCAAGUCCAAAGGUAUGACAGCGGUCGAUGGAUUGAAACUCCUUAUCAAAAUGAUCGGCAAGAUGUAUGCACUACAUUAUUUGACAAAAACGAGAUGUGGUAUGAAUUUGUUAAGGAAUUGGAGGAAAAUUCUAAGUCAUGUCCACCGGAAAAAGGUACAAGAUAUGACUUCAAGGAAAAGAAAGUUUCGACACUAAUAAAAGAUCUACCUCCGGGCUUAGAUGGUACUUAUAGAGCUCUUAUAAAAUUAUUUAUUGCGGACGACUUAAUUUUUUGUAUGAAUGUCGAAGGAGAUUUGGUAAAAAAGUCCGUAGAUAAUAAGACGAUUGGUUAAUAUAAAUCUUUAUUUUUUGCCGCAAAUUUCUAUAAUGUUAGACAAAAAAGGAAGACAAUGACAAUGAAUAAGAUGAAAUAUUAAAAAUAGACGUCCGAGAUACUGGAGUGGUGUCAUCUAAGGUGAAAGUUCACAAUAAAUAGUAAUAUGUAUUAUUAAAGAUUUUUUUUAAAUUGAAU